AAAGGAGGAAGUCGUUAUUAACCUGUCAGCAGAGUUGCAGCUGGGCAUCAGGAUUAUUUAUGGCUUCACAAGAGGAAAAACAAGCUCAGUCCUUUGCAGACAUCUUUGAUGAAGAUGAAGCUGAAAAAGCCUUUCUGUUGUCCAAACCUACUUGCUUCCUUGUCCUUGGAAAGCCAGGUUCCGGAAAGAAAACAUUAGCUAGAAAACUAGCACAAAUAUGGAAAUGUACUCUCAUAGAAGCUUUGGAAGUAAUUCAAGAGAAUAUUAGUGAAGAAACAGAAUAUGGGCUUAAGUGUCAAGAAUUGCUGUUUAGAGGUCAAAGUAUUUCUGAAGAACUAGUUACAAAAAUGAUUCUGAAAAAGAUUGAGUCACCAAAAGUUGCUCAUUUUGGUUAUAUUCUCAGUGGAUUUCCUUCUCUCUCAGAGGAAUACAUGACUGUUUCACAGCAAAUUGAGAAAAUAAAAAAUCUAAAAUUAAAACCAGAUUUCCUGAUUAAUAUUAAGUGUUCAGACUAUGACUUAUGCCAAAGAAUAUCUGGACAAAGACAGCGCCCUGAUUCAGGGCACAUAUAUCAGAGGAACCAGUGGGAUCCUAAUAUUACUGAAAAACAUAAGGAAAUGAAUGAUCAGCAUAAAGAGGAGACUGAGGAAGAAGAGGAAGAGCAGGAAGAAGAACUGAUUGCAGAAGGUUCACUUGCAAUGUCAAGAAUUUUGCCUCAGUUAGUUCAGAGGCCUGAAGAUAUUCGUGAAAAUGCAGAGGAAAGAGUUCAGAUAUACAAGGACAUAAUGCUCCAUCCUUUAGAAGACUUGAUGGCUGAGCAGGAUUCUCAAUAUCUUAUUGAAUUGGAUGGAAAUAGGCAAUCAAAUGACCUCUUUGCAUCAGUGAUAACCCAACUUCAAUCUAUGGGUGUUCGAAAUGCAGCUCCUAUAACUAGACUUCAAAGUCAGCAAGAAGAAACAUUAGAGGGACUGGAAAAUGAUGAACUUUUCCGGGUUCUGUCAUCCUGCAAACUAAUAGCAAACAGAUACCGAUGGCGGAGAAGCAGGUGGGGACAAGUAUGUCCUGUGGCUCUUAAGGAGGGUGAUGUUGUAAUGGGGAUCCCAGACUUGGCUGUCAGUUUUCUAGGCAAAAUGUAUGUACUGUCAUCCUCAGAGGCAUUGAAAGCAUUUAUGUUGAAUCCUCGGCCUUACCUGUUACCACCAAUGCCACUUCCUCCUUGUAAAGUACUAGUAUUUGGUCCCCCGUUAUCUGGAAGAACAACCAUUUGUAACCUGAUUGCAAACAAAUAUAACGGAAAGGUUCUUGACAUGGCCAAACUCAUUCAACCCUACAUGGAAGAGUCAAGAGAAAAAAUCUUAGAGAAAGUGCGAAAGGAUACAAUAGAAACAGCCCUAAAAGCAGUGAAAACUAGAUUGGAAUUCGAAAAAGUGUCAAAAGAACCAGGUGAAUAAGAACUUAGUAGUGACAAAGAAGCAGAUGGUUCUGAAGAAACCACUAAAUCCAGAGAAGGAAUGAACUUGGAAGAGCAGACUACUGAGGUAAAAUCUGACAUCACCCAAGAAGAAUCAUUGUUAAGAAUGCCAGAGAUAACUUCUGACCACCCAGAAGUUCAAGCAAUGGUAGAAGAAGCUGUAAUAAAUGUGUCAGAAUCUGAAAUAGUGCUAUCACCUGAAGUAUACGCUGAAGUAUUGGAGAGAGCUAUUGCAGAGCUCACUAAGAAGAACAAAGACAGGUUUCCUGGUGCUCCAGAAAAAGGAGGAUGGGUAGUGGAUAACUAUCCUCUGUCAGUAGAUCACUGGUCAGCUUUAUCAGAAAAAGGACUUUUACCUGACACUGUUGUCUGUCUGCAGGAUACAGAAAACAAUGGAAUCUGUUUACUACACAGACUGUACUUAGCAAAUAAGGAUGAAAUUGAUGCUAAGAUUUUGAAAAGACUAACAGAUGAAGCAUUAAAAGAGAAAGAAGAAGAAGAAGAAGAAAGAAGAGAAAUGCAAGAGAUACUGAAGCUAGAGGAAGAGCGGCAACGUCUAGAGGCUGCUGAGGAGAAAGAAUUUGAAGACCAUGAUGAGCAGCCUCUACCUGAAACCAAACAAAUAUCUGAGAGACGGUCCAGUGAUUCUACUGAUUAUAAAGAAGAAUCUAAACCUACAGAAAUCACACUACCUGAGUUUCCAGAGGAUGGUUUUCCAGAUGUACCAGAAAUGGAAAUAAUUAAAAGGAAAGUUGGCCUUUUCAUGCAUGACUGGCAAACAGUGGAGUCAGGAAUCAGUGAUUCACUGAUUCAGGUUGUUGUUUUAGAGAUUGCUGAACAAAGUCCAGAAAGUCUACUUAAUCAAAUUGUCCUGGUCAUGGAAAAACCUUUUAAAUAUCAUGGUUGGGUACUAUCUGCUGAAGACUUAGAUGAGGAAGCAGAAGACGUUGCUGCUGAAGGGGAAGUUGAAGAAGAAAAUGAAAUUGAAGAAGAAGAAGAAAAUGAAGAUGAAGAAGAAGAAAAACAGAAUGAGAAGAAAAGGCAAAUGGGAGACACAAAACACUUCUGUCCAGUCAGUCUGAAAGAGAACUUUGUCCUUUACCCAGGACUCUCUGAACAUGCAGCUAAAUAUCAAGAAAAGAUUUACUAUUUUUCAACUUCUGAGAACAGAGAUAAGUUUUUGGAGAACCCUGAGGAAUAUGUGGCUCACAAGGAACCAAUACAAGCUCCUCCCUUAAGGGUGUGCUUACUGGGGACUCAUGGAGCAGGUAAAACUACUUGUGCACGAUGGGUAGCAGACAAAAUAGGCAUUUUUCAUAUUCAGUUUGAAGAAUAUCUACAGGAAAUAAUAGUACGUAAAACUAAAAAGAAAGUUGGGCCUGAUUUUGAUGAAGAACCUGAAGAAGAUGACAGCAAAAUAGCAACUCUUUCACGGGAACUGGAAGACUUCUCUCCGACCAUGACUGAAACUAAAAUUGAACCUGAACAUCAACGUGAAUUUGGAAAGAAAAGCCAACAGGAAUCAGAGUUAACUGAUGAGGAAGAAGUGAUUAAAGCAAAUCUAGUGGAUAAUGAGGCACUGCCUCCAGAAGUACUUGAUAAUAUUGUUCUUGACUGGUGGAGGAAAGAGCCAUUCCGGUCCACAGGAUUUAUACUGGAUGGUUUCCCUCGUACUUUAGACGAAGCCCAAUAUUUGUCAGAGCGAGGACUCUGCCCUGAUGUUGCAGUUUAUAUUCAAGUAGAAGAAAGUGACAUUUUGGACCGUCUUUUUCCUCCACGUCUGAAAAAAUGGAGAGAAAGACAAUAUAAAAAAAAGGAAAAUAAAAAGAAAAUGAAAGACCUGAAAGUAAAAAUAAGGGAUUUGAAGAUUGCUAGAAGAAGGGCAGAACUUUUAGCAGAACAAAAUAAAAAGAAGCAGAAGGUAAGAAAACGAGAAUAUGAUGAAAUCAGCGAAAAUGAGGAUGAAAAUGCAGAUGAAAAUGAGGAUGUUGAAGCUAUACUUGAAGAAGAGUUUUUAGAAGAAGAAGAAGAGGAGGAGGAAGAGGAGGAGGAGGAGGAGACUGAUGCUCUCGAACGUAUACGAAAUGAAAUUACAGAAAAGUUUGAUUCACAAAGAGAUAAUUUACAAGGUGUACAGGAGGAACUUGAAAAAAUGUUAAUACCUCAAAUCGAGAUCAGUGGAGGACGAAAGCCUCACAUUGUACGCUACCAAAUAUAUAAGAAGCUGAAUCCUCUAGUGGAAAAUCGUGCAAGCAUUUUUGAGAAAUGUUAUCCAAUAAGUUUGCCACUUGCACAUAAGAUGCUAAUUUUCUCAUAUAAAUAUCAAAGUUCUUUUGGCCAGUGGGAUCCAGUCAAGCUAAGUGAAGGAGAAAUAAUCAAAUCGCCUCAAAGCCAUGAAAACCCAGUCUAUCCUGUAAUCCAUCGACAAUAUAUUUAUUUCUUUUCAAGUAAAGAAAAUAAAGAAACAUUUAUGAAAAAUCCCAUCAAAUAUAUCCGUCAGCCAAAACCUAAACCAGCCAUGCCAAUUAAGAUUGCAAUUGUUGGACCUCCAAAAUCUGGGAAGACUACAGUUGCCAAGAAAUUUGCAAGUGUGUAUGGAUUACUGCGCCUAACUGUGGGAGACGCCAUACGGCUAGUGUUAAAUGACCAGCCAGAAAGUGAAUUGGCACUUAUGAUAAAAUGGCAUCUUCAUAAAGGACUGACUGUACCUGACGAACUGGCUGUCCAGGCUCUUGAUGUGACUCUGAUGAAUCACAUGUGUACUACUACUGGAAUUGUUAUUGACGGAUAUCCUCUAACAAGAAAACAAGUAAACCUCUUGGAAUCAGUUAGGAUAAUUCCAGUGAAAAUCUUUGAAUUGGAAAUGGAUGCAAAGGAAGUGUUCAGAAGAGCACUACAGGAUAAGGAAAACACAAAUAGACCUCCCUACCCUGUUCAUGACAGCUCACAGAUUUUAGCUAUUCGAAAUUCCUGUUAUAAACAACACAUUGAUGCAAUUAGGAUUUACUAUAAGAAGGAGCAUCAGAACUGGUGUGUGAUUGAUGCCUUUCACAGCAAAUGGUGGAUUUGGAACAAAGUACUCCAGGAAGUUCAAGUGGUUGUUAAAGAAAUCCAGAUAUAUCUGGAAAGAAUAAGAGAAGGAAAAGCAGCCAGCAUUGCUGAUUUAUGCAUCACCCCUGAAGAGCUGCAGUAUCGGCUAGGGGAGUUUGGACAGUACUGCCCUGUCAGCCUUGCAGAAAAACAUGAAUUGGUUGACUGCUCUGUAACCUCAUCACUGCAGUUUGCUGCAGAAUUUCGAGGACACUAUUACAAAAUGGCUUCACAGGAAGAACUGGAGAAAUUCUUGAACAAACCAGAGGUGUAUGUAGCACCACUGGCACCUCAUCCUCUUCCACCUCCAGAAAUGCUACCAAGGAAACUGACAGUGUCAGAAGUGAAAGCCUUAUUCCCUAGAAGUGCUGAAAUGCAGGGAUACUGUCCAGUCACUUACCUAGAUGGAAAACAGAGGUACGAAGCUUUGGUGCCUGGCAACAUCGAGUAUGCUGUAAAAUAUCAAGAUAAGGUAUAUAUUUUUGAAAGUGAAAAAAAACUUCAGAAGUUUAUGAGGUUACCAGAGAAGUACUGGAAUUUGAAGCUUCCACGCAAACUCCCUCCAGUAAAGGAGCCAAUACUACUUACUGCACUCCCCUUAGCUGGAUACCUUGAACAGGGAGUAGCAACUUCUCUAAUAAAAGCUCUGAAUGAAGUAGGCUGCUUAAAGCCAAAGUUUCCAUUCCUGAGUGUAAGAAAAACUGCUCUGCUGUUUGUGGCCUGUCAUUUAAAAGCUUAUAACCCUAGAAGCUCAGAAUAUGUACGGAAAAAGUACAAGAGGAAACUGGAGCAGUUCAUCGAUCACUGUGAACUCAUUCCCUAUCUGGGAAGGAAGAUGACCCGCAAAUACAAAGAGCCUCAGAGCAGACCCAUUGACUUCGAUUACAAACUACAGGUGUUUCUUUCCCUUAAAGAUGCAAGCCCAAGUUUUGUUUAG